ACAAAACAUGGCGUUGCUCGAAAUCGUCAAUAUCUUUCAAGAGACGUUUGAAAUCAUCCUCACAUGGAGAAAAAUUUUCAGCCAAAUCGCUCUUUCAUUAAUUCUACCUCUUACCUUCAUCUUCUUGGCUCAUAUGGAGAUUUCUAAUCUUCUCUUUGGCAACUUCUUCUACCAACUAUCAUUUCUACACAAAAACAACCAAGAUCAAGAUGUUCGCAAAUACAAUGAACUAUCUGAUCUCAUCACCCCCAAAUUCACCUUCUUUUGGCUCUUCAACAUCUCUUACAUCGUCUUCCUCUUCGUUUUCUCUCUCCUUUCGACCUCCGCCGUCGUUUAUGCCGUCGCUUGCAUACACACAGGUCGAGAGAUAUGUUUCAAGCAGAUCAUCAGCAUCGUGCCCAAGGUUUGGAAGCGACUUGUAGUCACGUUUUUCUGCAUUUUCGCCUCGUUUUUCGCCUACAAUCUGGUCGCAGUAUUUGCUUUCAUUUUGCUUCUUUUCAUUCUCCUACUACAAUAUGGGCCAUAUGGGGAUGUCAAUGGUUCAAUCUUCGUUGUCUUCUUCAUUCUCUACUUCGUCGGCUUAUUAUAUUUAAGCAUCGUAGUUCAACUUUCGAGUGUUGUAUCGGUUUUAGAAGAGUCGUGUGGAUUUAAAGCAAUGGCAAAGAGCAAGGCACUAUUGAAGGGAAAGAUGUUAUUAGCUACAGUCAUGUUGUUGCUUAUCAAUAUCUCUUUGGUGAUCAUUCAACAAGCUUUUUUGAAGUUCGUGGUCCAUGGAGUCUGGUUUGGAAUGGUUGGGAGGGGUAUUUUGGGAAUAGUCUGCUUGUUCUUGCUUUUGAAUUUCUUCUUAUGGCAGCUGGUGUUGGAGACAGUGUUGUAUUUUGUCUGCAAAGAACACCACCAAGAGAUUAUCGACAAGUCGGCGCUAUCGAAUCAUCUUCAAGUUUAUUUGUUGAAUGGGUAUAUCCCUUUGACACACAAAAAUAUUGAGCUUGAAAAGCUUGAAGUUUGA